UGAGCACAGGGUAAACUCGUCUGUCGAGCAUUUCAUUUCAUUCCUACUUUUUUUCUGGCACUACAUCCAUUUUUUUUCGGACUAAGGGAAAAUAAAAACAAAAAUCAACUUAGAUACAACAGUUGUAAAUUGUGAACUGCAACAGAAAAGUGAAUUAAACAGAUACAACAAACUAGGCAGAUCUAAUCAACAGCGCUAAAUUUUCAAGUGGCAAUCCGCGAAAUUGGAGUCCCUUCCAGUAUUCCGAUAUCACACCACAGAGGAUGUUGCGACAACUUCAAUUGAGAGCCCCCAUGAAGGCUAUACAGCUGAAGCGCUCCUUGACUUGCAAUCCAAAACAAUUGCAACCACUUGCUUUGGUCGAUGCCGUCAAAAAGGAGCAACAGGCCAAGAUACAAUCGAAGCCUGAACAGAAUCCGACCCAGAUACUUGUGAAGAUGAAGAUGAACAUCAGCAACAAUAACAAGAAUAACAAGAAUAGUCGCAACAAUUUACCAAUGGGUUACUCCAACUUGGCUCGCAUGGAGUUGCCGAUCCAUGAGAACCAAAUGAAGUACCUAAGGCAAUAUAGUGUUUGCCUAAAUCCAUUGGAACAGUUGCAGGCCGAACAGGGUAAGAUGACAACACGCAGCAACAACUUGCCGAUGGGGUACUCCGAUCUGAGCAAUGAUCAGUCCAAUAGUGUCGCUCUCGUGCCAUUGGAUCAGGCGCAGAUGGACAACAAUUUGAAGAAUAUUGGGACUCAGAAGCCGCAGUCACAGCCGCAGUCCAAGAUGCCGGAGCAGCCGUUACGCAAGAUACCAUAUUAUAAUCCCUUGAGGCGUCGCAGCAACGUUGAUCCCGCACGUGUCCAGUAUAUCAAGGAUCGGUUCAAGGAGCGCUCCCUCGACACUGACGCCUACAAGCCACAGGGUAAGAAGUACGUAUCGCGUACUACACUGCACUCUGGACGAUUGGACAAGAUUGAUUAGAAGAUCCCUUUCUGCCUGUGGUUAAUGCUUGCAACAUGUUCACUGAAUUUCCUCAGAUCAGCAACACUUAAUUACCCCCACCCCCUCCCUCCCCUACAGAGACACCCCCAAUCCCACUCCCACCCCACCACAACUAUUGUUUACUUAAGCGCAAUGAAAGACGAGUGUAAAUCAGCAUUCGCUUAAUGUUUUUAUCCAAAAGAUUUUAAAUAUAUUUUUGUGUCUUACUGACUUUUAACCUCUAAACUC